AUGAGCGAUGGUCGACAUUAUACUCCUGUGUCGCUUCAGUCUUCAGUAGUAGGUACCGCUUCAGCCGAGGAGUUAUCCGAAAAUUAUCAAAAAUUAUUCCAGGAAUUCUCUCGAGAUGAAUGUAAAAUCAAAGAGCAAGAAUUGCGUUCUUCACUCCAACAACUCGAUCUUUUAACUUUCCACAAUCAACGAUUAACCAAACGUAUUGAAAGCCUUCAAGAAACGAGCUCUGCGAAAUCGUCACCCGGUUGGUUAAUUGGUUCAGCAAAAAAAGAACUUGAAAGGACGAAAGUCCUUUUAGAAACUACAAGUGAAAAAUUGACAAAAGAAAUCGAUGAAAAUGAAAUUUUACACAAGGAACUUUAUGAGGCCAAGAGUUUGUACUCUCAACAUUCGAACGUUCUUGAAACCAAGAUUUCAGAAUUAGAAAGAAAGGCCGAAGAGCUCCAGAUUGAAUUAACAAGAUCACAUCUUGCUAGCGAAGAUGCUUUAAGUACAUUACGUCAAGAAAAACGCGAGCUUGAUAAUGAACUCGAACAAACAAAAACAGAAUUACGCAA